AUGCAGUUCACCAAGUCUCUUUUGCUGCUGGCAGCCCUCACCUCCAGCGCCCUGGCCCGUCCCCAGGGCCACGAGCGGCGCCAGACCACCGCUACUGCCACCUCCAGCGGCUCCAGUGGCUCCGGUUGGACCGCGACUCCCGCCAGCGGAGCCGAGACGACCGCCGGCUUCGGGGGCCGCACCGCCCCCAGCGGCGCAGACAUCACCUACGCCGGCAACGUCGGUAGCCCCUGGGGCAGCAACAUCAUUGAGAUCUCCGAGUCCGACGCCCCCAGCUACAAGCACGUCGCGCAGUUCAAGGGCCAGAACUCCGAGACCUGGAACGUGGUCUUCUGGAACAAGUACGGCCCCGACGGCAAGAUGACCGGCUGGUACGGCAACUCCGCUCUCAGCCUCACCCUCGGCCCCGGCGAGACCAAGUACGUCGCCUUUGACGAGGACACCAACGGCGGCUUCGCGGCCGCUGCCGGCAGCAUCCCCACGGACUCGAACGGCGCCUAUGCCUCCACUUGGGGCGAGUUCGACUUCAGCAGCACUGGGAAUACCGGAUGGUCUGGCUUUGACGUCUCAGCUAUCGUGCCCCAGAAUGCUGGACUUAAGGUGCAGGGUAUGCAGAUCUGUGAUGCCCACGGCGGUACCUGCUCGACCAUCACCCCUGGCGCUGCCUCGGUUAGCAAUGCCUAUACCACUGCGGAGACUAAUGUCGGCGGUAUUGGCGGAAACAUCUCUGGUGGUGGUCCUAUUCGUCUGGCUGUUGUCGUUGACUACCAGGGUUAA